UUAAAGAAGGCAAAGAUGAAUUACGCAAUCAGAUCAAUUCGAACAACUCCACCGGCCGUCUUCCCUUAUCAUUUCGGUCGGAAGAGUUGUGCUGUCAAGCUUAGACGGGUUACCACUUUGUCUGCCGCGCCGGAUAGUGAGCACAGCAUGGACAAGACAAACGACCCCACCGACAAAACUGGGGACGUCAUGUCUCAUUCGUUUGGAGAAGGGUAUGCGACGAGGUCAGACGAAGAAGGAUUUGGUGGGAUAUAUGUAGGGAAUCAGUCCUCAUCUAAGGCUGAUCUUGACAAGGAAAUCCAUGAGAACCACCCCGCUUAUGACAAGACACAAGGGAGUGAAGUGAAGGAAAAGGAGAAGGCAAGGCACCAGAAACAUGAAUCAACUUGAGUAGUUGAUAUAUAUCUACAUGAUCUCCAUGUGUACUAGACUUUGUUAUUGCUGUUAUUUUUUUUUAUCCUUUUCCUGGGGAUUAGUUUCUUUUCGGACAGAACUACGUACUAAUGUUUGAUUAGUUUAUGUGGUGGUGAGGAUGUAAUUGUGAGCUUUGACGUUUUUAUUAUGUAUAAUUAGCUUCCUUUUUUGCCGA